ACAGGUGCCUGAUCCAUAGAAACAACACAAAAGCAAAAGUGCAGCAAGAGAAACCGAAAGAAGGAGAUUCAUGAGUCAUGUCCCAACUACGUCCUAGAAGACUUGACUAAAAUCGGCAGCUCAUUUAUGCGCAUAUGUCUAUAUUUGACACUGUCUCGCUCUCUAACGUUAUCUAAUCCCAACUCCCCAAACCAAAACACCUUAAAAAUCAGAAAGAAAACUAAAAAGAAAGAUAGAGAGAGAAAAGAAACAGAGAAGGAGAACUCAGAACAGAACUCAUUUCGCAUUUCUCAGCAGUCAUCACAGCUUUGUCAGGCUAGCAAGAGUUUCUUUCUUCUCUCUUUCUCAUCGAUCACAAAUUCUACCCGUCUUUUCCUUUGGUUGUUUAUUUAUCUUAUUAUAUCAAUCAAAAGCAAAAGAUCGAGAUUUUGAAUUGGGUUUUAUGUGGGGUUUCUUAAUAUAUUUGAAUUGGGUUUUUGGAGCUGCAAGAAGGCAAGAUGAAUGUGGUUGGUAAAGUAGGGAGUUUAAUUUCUCAGGGUGUGUACUCUGUUGCUACACCUUUUCAUCCCUUUGGUGGGGCUGUUGAUGUCAUUGCUGUUGAACAGCAAGAUGGGACAUACCGAAGUACGCCUUGGUAUGUUCGAUUUGGUAAAUUUCAGGGUGUUCUUAAAGGGGCUGAAAAGAUGGUUAAGAUAUCUGUAAAUGGUGUUGAAGCUAAUUUUCAUAUGUACCUUGAUAAUUCGGGAGAAGCUUAUUUUGUAAGAGAGAUUGUACCAUCUAAAGAGACUGAGAAAGACAAAGUUGUUGAAAACUGCGAAAAAUUGGAAGAUACACCGCAGGCUAACAGUAGCAGCAGUAAUGAUAACAUUGAUAUCUUACGUACCGAGGAAGCUCAGUUGUCAGAGGAAUGUGGUUCAUUAGGUUCACCUAAAAUUGAGAAUUGUGAAACUGAUAAUGCUAAUGAUACGAAGUUAUAUGAAUUCCAAGACAAGCAAUCACUAAAUGUGGAUUCUGUUGGAUCACCAGAUUAUGAAGGUUAUCAUUAUGAGAGCUUAGAUCAGCUAGAAGAUGCAAUGGAACCUCAAGGUUCUGAUUCAGAAGUGGUCUUGAUUAGUGUGGAUGGUCAUGUACUAACGGCGCCUAUCAGUUCCACAGAAGAGAACAUGGAUAAUGUACAAUUAAGUACCCCGCAAUUUCAUCUAGGUCCUGGUGAGGGAGCUGAGUUUAGAAACAACGAGGAGUUUAGCAACAGUCAAGAUACAUGGGCUUCUGACUACUUAAGCGAAAUUGAUGCCUCUACGCCUAAUAGGACUUCAAAAGAUGUCAUCACUGGCGAUGGUGAUACAAGUGGUUCUGGACGUUUGGUGGAAGUUCGUCAAGUUGAGGGUGAAAUUGCUAUUCAAACUCAAGAGACUUAUAAGGCUCAAAGCAUAAAAAUUGAUUCUGCCAAAUGUAAUGAUUCAGGGGAUGCUGUUGGAUUUUUGAGGAGAAGAGAGAUUUUUAAAAGUUGCCUGGAAUUUCCAGAAUUGAGUGAGCAUGCUCCAGAUGAAGAGUUAAAAGAUAUGGGUUCGCCACGCAUGGAGUUGGUGUUGAAAAAUAGUUUUGAUGAUUCGAUGGAAAAGUCUCCUACUAGCGUCCCGCCGAUGGAGGAGCAUGAAUCUCAGAAUGGUCUUGCUUAUGAAAACAGCCUGCCAUGCAAGAAUGACUUGUCUUUAAGCACAGAGGAUAUGACCCCAGAGAACAGUAUCUUAACCAUAGGUAAUCCAGAAAGCAUGGUUCCAAAUAGGAGCUCUGAAUAUCCACAAAGUAAUGAUCUGAAUUUGAAAGAGGAACAGUUUGAAUUGGCACAACAAACUUCUGAUAAACCAAGUAAUCCCCAGACACCUCCACUUGAGCCAGUAGAUUGUGUAACAAAUGAACUGGAGACAACGAGUUCUGGUGGUGGGACCAAGGCCAGUGAAGGAAUGGGAUUUGAGAUUUCACUAUGCCGGAAUUUGCUUCAUGCUGGUUUGGGGUUGGGUCCUGCUAGUGAAGUGUUCGAUGCACAUCGUGUAUCUGAGGAGGAAUUCAAAACUUCUGCUUUAUCAAUUACGAAGAAUGAAAAUCUCGUGGUUAGAUUUAAAGGGAGGUACUUGCUGUGGGAGAAAGCUGCACCGGUAGUACUUGGAAAGGUGUCAUUUGGUUUAGAUUUACCUGUUGAUCAUAACGAUGCAAUUCCUGUAGAACAAGAUGAGACACUGAAGCCCGGGGAGGAUUCUCCAGGGCUCACCUCAUCUCCAUCUGGUCGCAGGUGGAGGCUCUGGCCAAUUCCGUUUAGAAGGGUUAAAACUCUUCAGCAUACUAGCAGUGAUGCAUCAAGCGAUGAGGUGUUUGUUGAUUCUGAAUCUGGCUUACUAAACCCACAAGUAGAAACAACUCCAACACCUAGUCGUGGUGCCGAGUCUCCUCGCAAGCAACUCGUAAGGACAAACGUUCCCACCACAGAGCAGAUUGCAUCGUUGAAUCUUAAAGAUGGACAAAAUAUGAUAACCUUCAGUUUCUCGACCAGGGUUCUCGGGACGCAGCAGGUUGAUGCUCAUAUAUACUUGUGGAAGUGGAAUGCACGGAUAGUUAUAUCUGAUGUUGAUGGGACAAUCACUAAGUCUGAUGUGCUAGGGCAGUUCAUGCCCUUAGUCGGGAAAGAUUGGACACAAUCUGGGGUAGCACACCUUUUCUCGGCAAUUAAGGAAAAUGGUUAUCAGCUACUUUUCUUGAGUGCACGUGCAAUUGUUCAGGCAUAUCUGACCAGGAGUUUCCUUCUAAAUCUUAAACAGGAUGGAAAAGCUUUACCUAGUGGGCCUGUUGUCAUUUCACCCGACGGACUGUUCCCUUCGUUGUUCAGAGAAGUCAUUAGAAGGGCACCUCACGAAUUCAAAAUUGCCUGUCUGAAUGAUAUUAAGGCCCUCUUCCCUAAAGGUUACAAUCCAUUCUAUGCUGGUUUUGGGAACAGAGACACUGACAAGGUCAGUUAUAUGAAUAUUGGAAUUCCGGAAGGCAAAAUAUUUAUCAUCAAUCCUAAGGGUGAGGUGGCCAUUAGUCAUCGGAUAAAUGUUAAAUCAUAUACCUCCCUGCACACACUGGUUGAUGACAUGUUCCCACCUACUUCACUCGUGGAGCAGGAAGAUUACAACUCAUGGAACUUUUGGAAAGUGCCAUUGCCAGAACUUGAUUGAAUGAUGCAGAACUUGUGCAUAGCUAGAAAAUGCGGUCGCCAAUUGAUGGAUAGACCUUUGGAAAAGAAAAAGGUUAACUUGUGGCCUUCGCCACAAGGGCCUACAGCAUUAACCCGUCAGAGGGUACCCUACUUUUUUUCUUCCUGUUGGUAGUCUUGUACGUAUUUACUUGUACUUUCUAACAUAACCUGUUGCAACGAAACAGAAAUGGUGAACUUUACUGAGGAUGCUGGUUGCCUCAUCAUAUGUAGGAUUUAGGUCAUAGUGUAGUUCGAACAUUUUGUGAUAUUCAUUAUAAGAGAAGUUAUUUCAGAAAAUUGUACCCUUCCAGUGGGGGCAUGAGAACGCCCUGCCUUGUCAUCGGUUUGGUUUAUAC